CGCGCCAUUUGUUCCUCAGCCGCGAGUGGAGUCGUAGCUAUGGCCGAUGCUGGGGUGAGGUCUGCGAUGGCGGACAAAGCCACGCCUGACGCGAACACCUUGCAGGUGCUGCGCGACAUAGCCAGUCGCCUGCGCAUCAACUCCAUCAGGGCCACCUGCGCCUCAAGCUCUGGCCACCCCACAUCAUCCAGCAGUGCUGCUGAGAUCACGGCCGUGCUGUUUUUCUACAUCAUGAGGUAUAAACAGACAGACCCAGAGAACCCGGACAAUGAUAGAUUCAUCCUCUCCAAGAGACUGUCGUUUGUUGGUGUGGCAAGUGAAUGGCUGACACGAGGACUGGGGCUCGCGUGUGGGAUGGCUUAUACUGGCAAGUACUUUGACAAGGCCAGCUACCGGGUGUUCUGCCUCAUGGGAGAUGGCGAGUCCUUGGAAGGCUCUGUCUGGGAGGCCUUGGCCUUUGCUUCCCACUACAGUCUGGACAAUCUCGUGGCCAUCUUCGAUGUGAAUCGCCUGAGCCACAGCAGCACCCUGCCUCUCGAGCACUGCAUAGAGGUCUAUCAGAAGCGCUGUGAAGCUUUUGGGUGGAAUACUUUCGUGGUGGAUGGCCGCGACGUGGAGGCGCUGUGCCAGGUGUUCUGGCAGGCAGCUCAAGUGAAGAACAAGCCCACUGCUGUAGUUGCCAAGACCUUCAAGGGCCGGGGCAUUCCAAGUGUGGAGGAUGCAGAAAAUUGGUAUGGAAAGCCAAUGCCAAAAGAAAGAGCGGAUGCAAUUAUCAAACUAAUUGAGAGCCAGAUAGAGACCAACGAGAACCUUAAACCAAAACCCCCUGUUGAAGACUCACCUCAAAUCAACAUCACAGAUAUAGAAAUGACCUUUCCACCUGCUUACGAAGUCGGUGACAAGAUAGCUACUCAGAAAGCAUGUGGUUUGGCUCUGGCUAAGCUGGGCCAUGCAAACGACAGAGUUGUUGUGCUGGACGGUAACACCAAAAACUCCACCUUCUCUGAGAUAUUCAAGAAGGAACACCCUGAGCGCUUCAUCGAGUGUUUCACUGCUGAGGAAAACAUGGUGAGCGUGGCCCUGGGAUGUGCCACACAUGGUCGGACCGUUGCUUUUGCUUGCACCUUCGCUGCCUUUUUGAUCCAAGCAUUUGAUCAGAUCCGGAUGGGAGCCAUCUUUCAAAUCAACAUCAACCUUAUUGGGUCCCACUGCGGGGUGUCCAUAGGUGAAGACCGCCGCUCCCAGAUGGCCCUGGAGGAUCUGGCCAUGUUCCGAGCUGUUCCAGACUGCACUAUUUUCUAUCCAAGUGACGCCAUCGCAACGGAGCAUGCUGUGUUCCUAGCGGCCAAUACCAAGGGGAUGUGCUACAUUAGGACCAGUUGGCCAGAAACUGCAGUUAUUUACACCCCACAAGAAAGCUUUGAGAUUGGACAGGCCAAGGUCAUCCGCCACAGUGUCAACGACAAGAUCACAGUUGUUGCAGCUGGAGUUACUUUGCAUGAAGCCUUAGCAGCCGCAGAUGGUCUUUCCAAGCAAGAUGUUUCUGUCCGCGUCAUCGACCUGUUUACUGUUAAACCCCUGGACGCUGCCACCAUCAUCUCUAAUGCAAAAGCCACAGGCGGCCGGAUUAUCACAGUGGAGGAUCACCAUCUAGAAGGUGGCAUCGGGGAGGCUGUCUCUGCAGCUGUCUCCAUGGAGCCUGACAUCCUGGUCCAUCAGCUGGCAGUGCCUGGAGUGCCUCGGGGCGGGAAGCCGAGUGAGCUGCUGGAUACGUUUGGAAUCAGUGCCAGACACAUCAUAGUGGCUGUGAAAUGCAUGUUAAUGAAUUAAAAUAGCUGUUGGCUUUGGUCUUAAAAGACUGGCCUCUUUACCCUACAUUUAUGCUUAUUGCCAAACCAUUACUUGAAUCUAUGCUGCUGUGCUUUAUUCUUUUUAAAAGCAAAGCAAGGUAACUACUUUCCUGUUAAGUGAUAACUGCGUAUACAAGUGUAACUCUCACCUUUGAAUCAUUAAAGUGGGUUAUAAGGUUUUAAGUGACAGAAUAGCUAACGAAACAACCACUUAAGUUUUUUGAUGAGACUACAGGUAACUGGGCUGGGGACCAACAUAAGGUAACAGUUGCUUAAGUAAAGAAAAUAUGAAUUGAAUUGUAGACUACAGUCGAGUCACCCAGGUUCGGCAGCACUGUACCACUGUGCUGCACACUGCUGUCCCAGUUCACAAGUUCACCUGCUGCCAUCCUACCUGCAGCCUCCCAGGUACUGUGUAACUGCAGUUGCCCUAGAAUUUCCUCUGGUGUUUGCCGUCAUCUCCCCUCUCCCGUGCAGAGGCUGGGGAGCAGCAGUGAAAGCUCUUAGGAUGUCCUGUGCUGCUUGCAGUGACUGUUCUGUGAAGAGAGGAACACAACUAGUUCUAGUCUCCAAACUGCGCUCUUCUGUGAGAUCUCAGAAAUGUCUCAUUUGCCCAGUGACCAAACCAAAAAUGUACUCAUCUGCUAAGGAUACUAGUUAAUGUUAAUAAAACAGUUAAGAAC